AUGAUUGCCAACGGAGUGUGCAGCCUCCGCUCGUCCCUCCGUCUCCCGGAGCAUCAAUUAUUUCGUGCAGCCCCACUCUCCUACCAUUUCCGGCGCCGGUUUCUCGUCACCGCAUCACUAUCGGAGAAAAGUAAAGAGAAGGUGAUAGUUAUUUCUGGACCCACCGGUUCCGGCAAAAGCCGUAUCGCAAUGGAACUCGCAAGGCGCCUCAAUGGAGAAAUCGUUAGUGCGGAUUCCGUUCAGGUGUAUCGGGGUCUUGAUGUUGGAUCUGCAAAGCCUUCCUUAAAUGAUAGAAAGGAAGUGCCGCAUCAUCUGGUUGACAUACUUCACCCAUCUGAAGAUUAUUCUGCUGGGCAGUUUUUUGAGGAUGCAAGGCAAGCGACAAGAUCUAUUCUUGACAAAGGUCGCAUUCCGAUAGUUGUUGGAGGCACUGGACUGUAUUUAAGAUGGUUCAUAUAUGGAAAGCCAGAUGUGCCUAAAUCCUCUACAGAGAUAGCAUCUCAAGCAUAUAUAGAGUUAGCUGAAUUACAAAGAAAUGACGACUGGGAUGCUGCUGUGCAAUUGGUGGUAAAAGCAGGUGAUCCAAAGGUCCAACAUUUAGCAGUGAAUGAUUGGUAUCGAUUACGGCGUAGUCUAGAAAUUAUUAAGUCUAGUGGAUCACCUCCUUCUGCUUUUCGGGUACCAUAUGAUUCUUUCAGGGAACAGGGUGAUUCUAGAGUUGCUGAUGGUUCUGAUCCAUCUGAUACAAACACUAAUUAUGAUGCAAUGAAAGAAACUGAUUCAGCAAAGUUAGACUACGAUUUCAUGUGUUUUUUCCUUUCAAGCGACAGACUUGACCUCUACAGCUCACUUGAUUAUCGGUGUGAAGAAAUGUUAUUAGGAGGGGAUAGCAUUUUGUCUGAGGCUCAAUGGCUUCUUGAUACCGGUCUUCGACCAAACUCCAACUCUGCAACAAAAGCAAUUGGUUACAGACAAGCCACGGAGUACUUACUAGGAUGCAGGAAACAAGGGGGUCAGAGUUCAGCCAUAGAAUUUUACAAAUUUUUGUCUGAAUUUCAAAAAGCAUCACGGAAUUUUGCAAAACGACAGUUUACUUGGUUUCGCAAUGAGCGUAUAUACCAUUGGCUUGAUGCUUCUAAACCUCUGGAAACCAUUCUCAACUUCAUUCAUGAUGCAUAUCAUGAUCAGAAUGGAAGUCUUUUUGUGCCUGAACACCUUAGAAUGUCAAAAGAUAUAUCUAAUACCCAAAUAGCUGCUAAACUAAGAUCUUACCGCACCACAAAUAGGCAUUUUGUGAACGGAAAAGACUGUUAUCCUAUUUUAGAAUGGAUAAAGAAGACCCGAAAGUGA